AUGGGUAAUACUUAAGACAUAUGUCUGGGAAGGGAACACAAAGGCCCAGUGAGAUACGCAGAACUAUCACCAGAAGAGGCAUACAUGCUUAAAAGAUAAUAAGAUUUGAAAUUAUUUGUAUUCACAUGCCAUGAUUUGGAGUCUGCCUUCCUCACAAAUCUGUAUUUUAGAAGUAUCAACGAAAAAGAAUAUUUGGACAUAUUAGUCAAGCUAAAACUUUUACGAGCUGACAAGCCGAAUGAGACUUUACUUUGGUAGAAUUUCUAUUGUAGAUUUAAAAUUGAUGCAACAGAUUCUGGUGUACUCAAAUCAUAUUAUGAUAUAACAGCUCUAAUGAUAGCAUUGUAUUUACUUACAAGUUCAAAAGCUAGUGUAAAAGCCAAAUAUAUUGGUGCUCUUUAUCAUAAUUACAGAUAAGGCGCUAACAAUGAAGGAGAAAGGGUUUCUUUUGGAUAAAAUAAUGACGAAUCAGAAUAUUAAGGAAACAAAUUGUAGAAAUUUUACAAGCCAGCUGAAUAUGCUAAUAAUGAUAUGAUUUAUAAGAAGCACUAUCUCAGAAAGAAUCAAGAGAUUAGAUAAAUUUUCACAAUAUUCACAGCAGUAUCUCUGAAUCUUCUUCCAUUUUUUGCAAGUGAUUAUCCAGAUGACGACAAGUCUCAUUUUUACAAAGUUUACUGCCAGUGGAAUGAGAAUAUGGAAGGUAUUACUGAAUACAUGAUUGAAAACUUCUGUAGAAGCGACAGUCAAAUUGAUAUUGUUGAAUUCGUCAAAAGAGCAAUAGCUUUUCCUUAGUACUUUGACGUACUUGGAAUUAGAGAGGAAGUUAAAAGAGAUAUAUAGAUAAGAGAGGAGAACCAUUUACAGAUGAAUUCGGAUGAUGAAGAAGAUAAUAAUAAAAAAGAUAAGCUCUAUAACCUACCAUCAAGGUACGCUCAAGCUUAUCUGUAUAAAUUAAUCUCUCUUGAAAGUAAAAAGAAUGGUAUACUUGUUGAUAAAAGUAGGUUUAUGAAAAAUGAGAGUAAUUUGAACAGCAAAUAAUAUUCAAGAGAGUCUAUUUCAGGAAAUUUAAUGAAAAAUAUUCAAAGGAGUGAUUAUAGGACUGGUAAUAGAGAAAUUUGGGAAGCUAAAAUUUCACUUAGUGAGGAAAAAAGGAGAGAUAGAGCAACUCGAUAGUAGAACAAAGCUAGAUUAGUGCACGAUCCAUCUGAAAGCUAAUUUUGA